AAAACGCGGGGAAUAUCUCGUACGAGUAGUAUUCUAUGGGGUAUCGCAAUUAAUCAAACAAAUUUAGAAAUAAAAGGUGAUUUUUUUUUAUUUUUUUAUUUUAGUAUUCCACCCGAUUCACCCUUUAGGCUUUAUUCGAAUUUAAGAUCAAUUUUGAAUGAUUAGAUUACAUUUCUCUCCCAAUUAUUGUUGCGAGGAUCGAAUUGGGUUGUCUUGUUGUUAGAAAGUUACAUGACCGGAAAUCCGUGAGGUGGGUUUCCCUCUCGCCUAUGCCCCCUCUUUUCCACACAACCCACACCCCUUUCACUCUCUCUCCUUCAUUUUCUCUCUCCUCCCUAUCUCCUCACCUUUUACUCUCCUCCCACCCAACUCAACCAAACCCACCAUGAAACGAGCUAUGAACUCCGAUUCCAAUCCCAAUCUCACCACAACCUCCAAAAAACCCAAAUUCAUCCCAUUAAAUCAACCUCAAAAUCAACAAACCAAUAAUUCCGAUUCAGAUUCCGAUUCUAAUUCUCAAUUCGCAAAACUCGACGAAAACCUCCUCUACGAAGUAUUCAAACACGCAGAUGGUAAAACCCUAGCCACAGCCUCAUGCGUAAGCAAACAAUGGAAUCGGACUGCUCAAGAUGAACGAUUAUGGGAGUUGAUCUGUACUCGUCAAUGGAGUAAUAGUAUUAAUUAUAGUACUCGUCAACUUAGAUCUGUUGUUCUUGCUCUUGGUGGGUUUCGUCGCCUUCACGCGCUUAAUCACGCAAAGACCGCCCCGGCUUCUUCGAGCUCUGCUCAGCCGAUUCUGCCUCCGUCGUCUGCGAUUCCGGCGCGUGCUGUCAAAAGUGGGAAUAAUAGGUUGGGGAAGGAUGAAGUUCAUUUGUCUUUAUCUCUUCUUUCUAUUAGAUUUUAUGAGAAGAUGAAUUCUUCUAAUAAAAGACCAUAAUUUUAUUUUUAUUUGUAAUUUGUCUUUCUAUUUUUAGGUUUUUUUUUCUUCAUGAUUUGGGUUUUUUUUUGCCAAAUUGUUGUGGUUUUUACUGUUUAGAUUCUACUACGAGGAAUAAAUAUUGAAUGUAAUGAAUUUCCAUUGUAAUUUGAGUGUUGAUUUAAUGUAUUUGUUGAUUGGACUAUCUUUUUAGAGGUAAUCUCCAAUACUCCUGAUUAUGUUUAGUUUGA